AUGAUCUCAGCCAAGGACAAGAACAAGACCCCGAAGGACAGUAUGACGCUUCUCCCCUGCUUCUACUUCGUGGAGCUGCCCAUUGUGGCCUCAUCCAUAGUGUCCCUGUACUUCCUGGAGCUGACCGACCUCUUCAAACCGGCCAAGGUGGGCUUUCAGUGUUAUGACCGCACGCUGUCCAUGCCCUACGUGGAGACCAACGAGGAGCUCAUCCCGUUGCUCAUGCUCCUGAGCUUGGCAUUUGCUGCCCCCGCUGCCUCGAUCAUGGUUGGCGAGGGUGUGCUGUACUGCCUGCAGUCUCGGCUAUGGGGCCGCGGUGGGGGCCCUGGCAGUGCUGAGGGCAGCAUCAACGCCGGCGGCUGCAACUUCAACUCCUUCUUGCGGCGUACAGUGCGCUUCGUGGGUGUCCACGUGUUUGGCCUGUGCGCCACGGCCCUGGUUACUGAUGUCAUCCAGUUGGCCACAGGCUACCACGCGCCCUUCUUCCUGACCGUCUGUAAACCCAACUACACGCUGCUGGGCACCUCGUGUGAGGCCAAUCCCUACAUCACACAGGAUAUCUGCUCUGGUGCCGAUGUGCAUGCCAUCCUCUCCGCCAGGAAGACCUUUCCGUCUCAGCACGCCACGCUGUCCGCCUUUGCAGCAGUCUACGUAUCGAUCCCGCCCCCUUCACAGGCCCUGCCCCUCAGCAGACCCUACUCCCUUCGCAGACCCGCCCCCUCCGCAGGCUCCCCCCACCAACUGACGCUAACACCACCACCACCCCUCCCACGCCGGCAGAUGUACUUCAACUCUGUCAUCUCUGACACCACGAAGCUGCUCAAACCCAUCCUGGUGUUCGCUUUCGCCAUCGCGGCGGGCGUCUGUGGCCUCACCCAGAUCACUCAAUACCGCAGCCACCCGGUGGAUGUAUAUGCUGGCUUCCUCAUUGGCGCUGCCAUCGCUGCCUACCUGGCCUGUCAUGCGGUGGGCAACUUCCAGGCCCCGCCCGCGGAGAGGCCGGUGGUGGUCACAGCGGCAUCCGCUAAGGACGCACUGCGCGCCCUGACCCAGCGCGGCCACGACUCGGUGUAUCAGCAGAACAAGUCGGUGAGCACCGACGAGCUGGGUCCACCAGGGCGACUGGAAGGUGCUCCGCGGCCGGUGGCGCGCGACAAGAGCUCGCUGGGCAGCCUGAAGCGGGCCAGCGUGGAUGUGGACCUGCUGGCCCCGCGCAGCCCCAUGGGUAAGGAGAACAUGGUGACCUUCAGCAAUACGCUGCCACGUGUCAGCACGCCCUCACUGGACGACCCCGCUCGGCGACACAUGACCAUCCACGUGCCACUAGACGCCUCACGUUCCAAGCAGCUCAUCAGCGAGUGGAAGCAGAAAUCAAUGGAGGGCCGCGGCCUGGGGCUGCCCGACGAGGUCAGCCCCGCACACCUGAGAGCGCCAGCGGAGUCCAUGGCGGAGGAGGAGGAGGAGGAAGACGACGACGAGGACGAGGACGAGGAGGAGGAGGAGGGAGAAGAGGAGGAGGGAGGAAGUCCGGUGCCCCCCUCCCUCUACCCCACCGUCCAAGCGCGCCCUGGGCUCGGGCCUCGGGUCAUCCUGCCACCGCGUGCCGGGCCACAGCCGCUGGUGCACAUCCCUGAGGAGGGGACCCAGGCGGGGGCCGGCCUGUCCCCCAAGAGUGGCGCCGCCGUGCGUGCCAAAUGGCUUAUGAUGGCUGAGAAGACCGGGGCGGCGGUGUCCGCCACGCAGCCCCGCGUAGCCAAUCCGCCUCGGUUGCUGCAGGUUAUCGCUAUGUCCAAGGCGCCGGGUGGCGCGGGCGCUAAGGCGGCCGAGACAGGCUCGUCGUCCAGCGCCAGUUCCGAUUCGUCGCAGUACCGGUCACCGUCGGAUCGCGACUCGGCCAGUAUCGUCACCAUUGACGCGCAUGCGCCACACCACCCCGUGGUCCACCUGUCGGCGGGGAACGGGCCCUGGGAGUGGAAGACGGCAAGCGGCGGUCCCAAGGGGCCGGAGGGCGAUGGCACCUACGAGCUGGGUGACCUGGCGCGCGGCUUCCGCGGCGGGCCCCGGCCUCCUGGCUUAUCACCCGGCUCGUCGGUCAGCGACGUGGACCAGGAGGAGCCGCGGUUCGGAGCCGUGGCCACCGUCAACCUGGCCACGGGCGAGGGGCUGCCUCCGCUGGGCGCAGCCGAUGGGGCACUGGGGCCUGCCAGCCGCGAGUCCACGCUGCGACGCAAGGCAGGGAGCCUGGCGCUGGGCGAGCGCGACAUGGGUGAGGCGGAGGCGGAGACCUACUACCGCAAGAUGCAGGCAGCACGGCGGUUUAACGAAUGA